UAAGCCGCUGCCAGGCGCCGCGGCGGCCAGCCGAGCAGCACUUCAAACUGGUGGCGGCGCGAGGAGGGAGUGGCUUCUGUGUGCUGUGGCUUAUUGGCUUUGUUUUGGCGUUGUAUUUCCCGGCCUGACCACUGAUCCAGCAAUAAGGUAGCCAUGGAACAGGAGCUGAGUGAGCUGAAGCAGCAGCUGGCUGAGGCAGAGCACAACACUGUCCUGGCAGCCACCUAUGGCAAGCAGCUCCUGGACAAGAACAAGGAGCUUGAGGCCAAACUUGAGGCUUUGGAGCAGGAGAAACACUGUCUCUCCUUGAAGCUGGAGGCAAGUGUCAGGAUGGAGCAUUCCUUGGUGCAGGAGGUGGAGCAGCUGCGGGAACAUCAAACUCACCAGAUUGCGGACUUGGCAGCACAGGCCGCACAGAACCAUGACGAGGAAUUGCAGAAGCACACCAAGAAGAUAUUAGACUUGGAAUCCAUUGUUGGAAGCCAAAGACUUGAAAUUACACAAAAGAUUGAAGAGAAAGAACUUCUAGAGGCUCAGCUGAAGGAAGCACGAGAGAGGCUGGAUAACUUCAACAGUCUGAACCAGUCUGUGGAUGACUCCACCGGCAUCUUGCAGGCUGAGGUGACUGCCCUCACGCAGGAGAAGCAGGAGCUGGAGACUCUCAUGUCCUCUCUGAAGGUGCAGCUCAGCACCUACAAGUACCGACAAGAACAGGCUGACAAGAAGCUCCUUGACCUGGAGUCUGCGUUGGAGGAGAAGGAGUGUCAGUUUACCUCGUACUAUAAUGCCCUGGAGAAAAAUAAGGAGGAAAUGAUGGAAAUGAAGAUGGAGAUAGAAAGCCUGAAGCUUGCAGAAACUGACCCUGCCAAAAAAGGGAACUCCCUGUUUGCAGAGGUGGAAGACCAACGUCAGGCCAUUGAGAGGCAGCUCAUCGACUACAAGACCAACUACAACAUUGUCAAGAAGCAUUAUGAUCUCAAGGCUCAAGAAGCAGCCAAACUGAAGCUCCAAGUGGCCUCCCUACUAAGCCGGAGUAACAACAGGGUGAGUAUGGAGUACUUGAGCCACCUUGAGGAGUCCUUAGCAUCAGCACGUGCCCAGCUGGAGACUUUCACCCAGCGUUGCCGCCAGCUUGAGGAAACUCAGCAGAACAUGGCUGCUGCUGCCUGUCAGGAAGAUCCUGAUGAAGCAGACAGUGCCAAUCAGCUCUUCAAAAAUCUGUACAAUGAAAGCAAGAAAAAAAUCUCUGAGAUGAAUCAGUCGCUACACCAGGCUCAGUUUGACAAAGUGGUGCUGAGUGACCGCAUCCUGCAGCUGCAAAGAAAGCUGAGGCAGAUGGAAGCAGCUCGGGACGCUUCAAAUGGGGAGGUGAUCCGGCUCAGAGUUAAGCUGGACGACUUCACAUCCAAGAAGGGAGAGAUGGCAAGAAGUGAUGUCAAAGAAAUUAAGAGAGUGGCUGAGAAGCUCCCUGGCUUUGGUGCACAGCAGCCUAACACCACCAAUAUUGCUGAAGCAGACAGCACGACACAGACUGAAGCCAUGCCACUGAAGGAGAAGCUGCUGGACCCAACAACCAUGCAAGAAAUUACUAAGCAUGCCAAAAGCCUUGGUACCAAAGAGACCCCAGAAGAUGACAAGCAGGUAGUGAAAGUAGAGAAUGAAGAAAACUUUCCCCCAGUCAAAGUAGAGACAAGGAAAAAGCCGAAGAAAACUGUGCAGUUGACAGAAGUAGUUACUGUGCAGGAGAGUGAUGGCCAGGUUCAAGAAGCAAAAAUUAAGCAAGAGGAUGGAAUGAAAAAGAUUGAGAAAAGGCCAAAGCCAUUGAGAAAGCUGGAAUGUCCUAUGAUUAAAGAGAACAGCGGUGAGCAAAUUGAAGAGUGCAAGACACAGUGAUGCACAGCUUCACCCUGCCGGAGGAAUUGAGAAACCCUUUGUGGUGGUUGUAAAUGUUGGAGGCAGAUCAGCAGUACCAAAGUGUGCCAAUUACUAACUACCUUCAGAAUACAUUGAAGCAUUAGUAGUGAAAGAAUAAGAGAAGAUAUAAGGCAAUGUAUUUUGGAAUGUGACCUAAAUAACUACAUAAAUUUCUCUAAUUAUGCGAGGGAUGCGAGUAGAGCUGGGCAGGAACUGGUUCUGCAUGAGUAAUAAAGAUGGUAGAUA